CGUCGGGCGAACGCCACCGCAGGCCCCCUGUUUCCCACCGACCCCCCACCCGACCCGGGGAGCCGCCUGGAGCUCCGCCCUGGGGUUGCAGGCGCACCUUCGGCGUCCACGCCCCCGUACACGCAAAGGCUGCCCCCCAGCCGCCCCGCGGCGUGCGCAGGGGAGCGCGCCUGCACACACGCACGCUGCACAAAGACGAGCACCCCUCUCCAGCCAGGCGAACGCACCCCAUUCGGCAGCGCACACAGCGGUGCACACGCACCCGCACCCUCGCGUUCAUACACGCGCACGUAUACCCAUCCAGCGUGCGCCCUCACGUACACACACACACGCGGGGCAGCACCCGUGUGGACCUUGAACGCCGACCUCCGGGCCCUGACGCGCCUGAGCCCUGCCCAGCGGCUGGCUGGGCGGCGCGCACACACGCGCACACCGGCCCCGCGGGCCCUCCCCGCUCGGGUGCUGGGCUCCCCGGCUCCCCGGCUCCCCGCCCCGGCCGCGGCGGGCGCUGUGCGGCGCGGCGGGACCGGGCGGGGGCGGCGGCCCGGAGCGCGGAGGAGGCGGAGCAGGAGCCGGGAACCGGCUGGCCCGCGCCCCUCCUGUCGGCCGGGGAUUUUCCAGCCUGGGCGCUGACGCCGCGGACCUCCCUGCGGCCGCCUCGGACCAUGGGCGACAAAGGGACGCGGGUGUUCAAGAAGGCAAGCCCCAAUGGAAAGCUCACCGUCUAUUUGGGAAAGCGGGACUUUGUGGACCACAUUGACCUUGUGGAGCCCGUGGAUGGAGUGGUUCUUGUGGAUCCGGAGUAUCUCAAGGAGAGGAGAGUCUAUGUGACGCUGACCUGCGCCUUCCGCUAUGGCCGGGAGGACCUGGAUGUCCUGGGCCUGACCUUUCGCAAGGACCUGUUUGUGGCCAACGUGCAGUCUUUCCCGCCGGCCCCCGAGGACAAGAAGCCCCUGACCCGGCUGCAGGAGCGCCUCAUCAAGAAGCUGGGCGAGCAUGCCUACCCUUUCACCUUUGAGAUCCCUCCGAACCUCCCAUGCUCUGUGACGUUGCAGCCGGGACCUGAAGAUACAGGGAAGGCCUGCGGUGUGGACUACGAAGUGAAAGCCUUCUGUGCGGAGAACCUGGAGGAGAAGAUCCACAAGCGGAAUUCUGUGCGCCUGGUCAUCCGGAAGGUUCAGUAUGCCCCAGAGAGGCCUGGCCCCCAGCCCACGGCGGAGACCACCAGGCAGUUCCUCAUGUCGGACAAGCCCUUGCAUCUGGAGGCCUCCCUGGACAAGGAGAUCUACUACCACGGAGAACCCAUCAGCGUCAACGUCCAUGUCACCAACAACACCAACAAGACAGUGAAGAAGAUCAAGAUCUCGGUGCGCCAGUAUGCAGACAUCUGUCUGUUCAACACAGCCCAGUACAAGUGCCCUGUGGCCAUGGAAGAGGCUGAUGACACAGUGGCGCCCAGCUCUACGUUCUGCAAAGUCUACACGCUGACCCCCUUCCUGGCCAACAAUCGAGAGAAGCGGGGCCUCGCCCUGGACGGGAAGCUCAAACACGAGGACACAAACCUGGCCUCCAGCACCCUGUUGAGGGAAGGAGCCAACCGGGAGAUCCUGGGCAUCAUUGUUUCCUACAAAGUGAAGGUGAAGCUGGUGGUGUCUCGUGGUGGCGAUGUGGCCGUGGAACUGCCUUUCACCCUAAUGCACCCCAAGCCCAAAGAGGAACCCCCACAUCGGGAAGUUCCAGAGCACGAGACGCCAGUAGAUACCAAUCUCAUAGAACUUGACACCAACGAUGACGACAUUGUGUUUGAGGACUUUGCCCGCCAGAGACUAAAAGGCAUGAAGGAUGACAAGGAGGAAGAGGAGGAUGGUACCGACUCUCCGCGGCUCAACGACAGAUAGACUGGGGCCGCCCUCCCUCCGGGCAGCUCCAGGUCCACUCUCAUGCGCUAGGAUGCUUGUUCGUCUUCUUCCUGUCCUGGCCCCCCCCACCCUUUGUUCUUCCAGUUUCUACCAGGGGGCCCAGCGGUCUUCCAGGUCACGAUGGGAACCCCUGGCCUCAGGACUGGCCCCCAUCACCAUGCCAACUGGGCCACAGGCAACACCCUCACCCUCUCACUGCAUCACUUCUCCAUCCCUCCUCUUUUCCUGUUGACCCCCAGACAGGCCAGCACGGCUCUGGCCUUAGAAUUUGACUUGGGAUGGGGAGCAGAAAGGGGAAGAUGGGGCACAAGGGCUUGGCGGGGUGGGGAUGGAGGCUCAAGACACGUGAGAGGAUGUGGCCACUGUCCCGGGUGAUGAAUACAGUUCUGGCAGCUAAAACGUGACCGCUUUGAAGGCCACCCUCCUCUGGCUGGGAGGGGACAGGCCCAUGGAUAGAUUUUCCACACAGUUUUGCUCAAAGUUCGGACCCACCAAACACCUGUCUUCUUCCUCCCUCGUCCCUGCUCCCGUCCCUCUGUGACUGACAGUGACCUUGGUGAAGGUUUGUAGACCCCAGGAAUGGAGCAAAGCAGUUGGGCUGACUUUCUUACCAGCAGUUACCUAGUCUAAGGCAAGUCGUGUGAAGUAGCCCAAGUCUAUGUCAGUAUCAUCAGGAUGUAAUAUCCUAGCUGCCUGUAUCUUGCCUGUGUGUCAUCCGCAGAUAUGCACAGAGUGCGACAGAGAGAAGGGAGGGGCCUUCGGAAAGCACCAAGGUCUUGAGGAGGUGUCCUGAAGGGUGACUCUGAGAUGGGGGUGGGGUGAGAAGAUGAGAGUCUGCCCAGCUCCCUUCCUUAAGAGGCAUCAGCGAUCUGGUGGGAAGCAAGGCUGAAGGGCCAGAACGAUUGAGGCCACCAAUGUCUUCCUGCCCUUGCAGGUCUCCAGGGCUGGACUGGAAGAGAGCCCCUGAGACCACCGUGCCCACAGUCAAAGGGGGUCCCUCCAUAGAAGGAAGCAAGGUCCACUGAGUUGUCCUUACCUAAAAGGAAGGGGGACUCUUUUGUUUCCUUGGGGAGCUGAUGACCACCCCCCGCCAAUACACACACACUCACACACACACACAGUGGUUCCCACUGUCAUGGGUGUGCAGUACCCACGGGCUGAUGUUGGUGUGAUUAGGACAUGGGGCAUACUUCCAGGGCAACGGGGCAGGCAGACGAUGAGGCAGAAAGUGUUAAAAGUUGUUUUUCUCAGACCUUUGAUGCUCACUGCUGUGUGACUUUGGGCAAAUUCCCUUCCAUCUCUGGGCCCCAGUACUUCACCUAGAAAACCAAGGGGUUCGAGCAGAUGAUCACAAGGGGCCCUCCCAGCUCUGCCGCCAAGAAUUUGUGAACAUUAGAGUUUCUGGUCUGGUGGGUGGAGCCAGAACCACUGAUUCUGGUCUGUCUGCCACCAGUGAGGAUUCACUGAACCCGAGGGGUGGCGGGGCAAUAGAGGGCACCUAGCACCACCACCCUACACCCACUCCAGGCUGAAGAAGGGCCCUUCUAAGGUCCCUAGACCGGGCCAGGGUGAGGGGUUGCCUGAUGUCAAGCUGUGGCUGUAGUUAGCAUGAGCCGCUUGGCCCUAGGGACCAAGUAUUACAGAAGGUAUUGUAUUUGCUGAGGCGUGGCAGGGGGAGGGGAGGAGAACUUGCGAUAGACACGGUACUACUUCACACCCUCUUUGGAUGUCCUGAAGUUUGCCUCAUACCCAAGCAGAUGUAUUGAUUAGCAGGGCAAGGGGAUCUCUUCCUCCUUUCUGUCUGUGUCCCAUACUUGUGAAAAGGGAGAUGGCCAAGUUUUAUUAUAUAAGCUGGAUCUCAGCUCUUCAGUUCAGCCCCUCCUGGGAUGGACUUUGCAACCCUUUUCCGUGGUGAAAUUACCCAGUUCAUAUGCCUGGCACUGCACCCCCGCCCUUCCCUGCUGAAUCUCACUCCAGGGACCCCCACUCCAGGUCAGAAACAAGCCAGCUUGGGACAGUCGCACUCCCCCAGUCAAUCCUAGGGUCCCAGCUGCAUCCAGUCCCUCCCAGAGCUUGCUGGACAGUUUGUACCUCAUUGGGCAGCUGGAGAGUUCAUGAACUGUUGGAACAAGGUGUGGCAAGCAUACGCUCUUCAGGGUUGCCUUCUGGAACCUUUGGGGCUGGUACAAGACCCUUUAGGAUGUGUGGUGAUCACUUACCUACAAAUAGACCUUUCUCCAUGUCCCUAACGCAGUCACACAAAAGCUUUGUCAGGCUGGUUUCUUAAUCUCCUUCCACCUCAAAAUCACACUGACCAUUUUGGGUUUAUCACAGUGCUGAACUGAAAUUUUCCAGCUGCAAAAAGCAUCAUGGGCCUACUUAACCUUUUAUUUCCUCUUUGGGCCCAGGACUACAGAAGAGCAGUGGUCAAGUUCACUUGGCUUAACCAUGCUUGGUUGACAACUUCUCCACUUGGUGCUAAGCACUGGAGACGCAGUUGGGUCAGUCCCAGCCCCUGUCCUCAGAAAGUGGUCAAGGGGAAGUUACAGGGGAAGUAAUGAGGGGCCAUUGCCUUCAGGGCUCCAUGGUUGCUGCUAGCCCGUACGGUGCCUUGAUGUGAGUUAGAAACAGUGCCUCUUCCAGGUGGAUUCAACCCCCUUAGGAAUGCGCAGCUUCCCAAGUGGUCGCAGGCUGGAGUUCAGCCCCACACGUCCCUGAGCUGAGUGCCCACCUGCAUACCCAUGCAUAGCACAGUGAACACUCAGGCUUCUUCCUGAGAAAGGCCCAGAUUAUCUUUCCAAGCCUCUGGUUGGCUCCAUACCCCACCCAAUGCUGCAGCCCCUUCUCUGCAGGGCCCCUCUCCAUCUGGAGUCAGCCUGUCCCGGUGAACCCCUGGAGUGAAACGGGGUGGGGAGCCCCACUCAGCUCCAGGCACCAGCCCACAGUCCUGGCGCGCUCUGUCCACACAUUUGUGACCUGUGCUGACCACAUCUCUCCACACUGAGAUUUUGCAGUGGGUGGCAUGUAGAUAGCAGUCUGGGCAGGAAGAAAGAGCAUGACCUGAGUGAAAGUCUACAGGCAGAGAGUCAGCUGGACUUCCUCACCUUCCCAACCAAGAGAGGAGUGCAGUCCUUGUGAAGAUAAGGACUGAGUUCUUUGGCUGGACUACACCGGCCUCCUCAGUCUCAGAGCCCAGACCAGCAAGGUGAGCUCACUUGGGUCUUGGUUCGCUGGGGGAUUACUGACAAGCUGGUACCAUAUGGUGCAGUGAAGAGUACCCUGGCCCAGAAGUCCACGAUGCCUCUUCCCACUGGCUGUCGCUACGCAGCCGAGGAGCCUUGAAUGUCUCAUUCAACCCCCUCGGCUUGGUUUCUGUAACUGUAAAAUGGGACUGUCAUUUCUUUCCCACCCAACUCAAGGGACUUGUGAGGCCCAAAGGAGAUGAAAAUCAGCUCUGUAAUCUGCAAAUGGCUGCUCAGGCCGUGGGUCACACAAGAAGUGUGGUGCCAGUUGAGCCCUCCCACCUACCCCCUCCAUCUCUUGCUCCCGUCUCACUUAGGCAGAGGUCAACCAGAAUGAGAGGAGGCCAGUUUGGCUUUGAUGACCCAGCUGAGAAAGAAAUUCAGACACUGUUCAGGAAUGCCUGCCCCCCAGGCUGUGAUCCCAGCAACCAAAACAGAGAGACAUGGGUAGUGUCAGUGAUUGGGGAGCUGGGUACAUCUUGGUUUCAGAGGCCAGGAAGGCUUGGAUCAGAUCCCAGGUUAGGAAGAGCCUCCGGCCCCCAGACCUAGCGGGGCUGAACCCCCCACUACCCUGCUGAAGAACCCCAAGGGUGAGGUGGAAUAGAAAUUGCCUGCCCCUUCAAAGUGUCAGGCUCCCUCCAGGAUCAACCAGAGCUGCCAAUUGUCACUUCUUGGUGACACAUGGGAGGGAUUUGGGCUCAAGGAAAGCCCAGGCCUCUUAACUCUGAGAUCUGAGUCCCAGCUGACUCAUCCCUGGUGGUUUCAGCAGCCCACAGAGGCAGCUUCCCUCCUGCCAGCGACUGGGGACUGAGCAUCCUCCACCCAUCCUGGAGGAAGGCAUUAGGCCCCAGUCUUGAACUCUCCUAGGGUCCUUUGGACAUAGGCCUAUAAUCGUUCUGAUGUUUUUAAAGUCAACAUGGACCAAAACAGACUCUCCCCACCCUCACGCGGAAGCCUGCCUUGGGCCUGGCAGUUUGUUAUCCUGGCCCAGGCAGCUCCACCACUUGUCCUCCUUCCAGGACUGAAGGGGCCUAACUGUGGAGCAGGAUCCCCACCUCUACCACUCCCCUGCAGGCCCACUGCACAGUGGCUCCAGGGAGAGGCCCAUUGAAGGGGGAGCAUCCUCUCCCUCCACCACCCAUCACUCUCUUCCAACUCUUCACCCCAAAAGGGAAGUCAAAGCACAGGUCCCCGGGACCCAUGAUCCAUAGACUCUGAAGCACUUGUUUUCUAACCAAGUGCUGUGGAACCCCUGUAUUCCACAGAGCUCUGUCAGGGGCUGCUAAGGUGGGAAGAUGGGGUGGAGGCAAAGGCUAUGUCUCCAGCCCUCCCCACCCCCUCAUUCCUACUUCCACCAGAACAACUCUUCUUUCAUCUGUCUUGCCUAUCAAGGUUUCACCUUCAAACUUCUCUUGAAAAAAAAACUUCAAACCACCAUUCUGAGGUUUGAUCCUAGACCAGCAAGCACAGGUUCUAUUCUUGCUUUUCAAAGUAUCUUCGUAUUGGAACUUGCAUCACAGACCCAGGCCCAAGCAUUUGCUUAUUCACACACACAGACAUACACGUACACACAUGUAAAAAACAUGCAAACAUUUGAUGGUUUUGUAGCUCACCCCCACUGAAGCUCUGGCCUGGGUUUGACUUGGGCGGGGGCCUGGUGCUGUGAGGAUGGGUCUUGUCCCUGAUAUUUUCCCAGGCAGUGUGGGGGACCGUGAAUGAAGCAAAGAGGCCCAGUCCCACCCCAGGACUUGUGUCUGUGCCCCAGUGUGACACCUGACUUUCCUGACCUGGGCCCAUGAGAUGAGAGAGGAGCAGUGUGAUAGGAAGAGAAAAUAGAGUUGGGUUCCUCUUUGAUACACAGCCAGAUGGAGGAAAGUCCAGAUUUCAAAAAAGAAAUGCUGAGGGAUGACUUUAUGACCAAAGUCCCUCCUAUGAAGGCAGGAUUCCUCCAGAUGCCCUUUAAGCAGCAAAUCUCCCUGAAGCAAUUCUAAUAGGAUUUGUUCCCACAUUUGCAAUCAACUGAGUGUGUGGGCUACAGGCGGGUCCCUGAAGAGAGGCUGGUCCCCCCACCUGCCAUCCCCUGAAUUCUCUUCUUGCUGGCCUGCCCCUCUGCCCAGGUCCCUCACCAGGGCUGACUGAGAGGGGGGCACUUUAGGGAGACCUGGACCAGCCCUUGACACAGAAUCCUGCCUGGCCCCCCCCCCCCCAGGGAAUCCCAGGUGAAAAUGUGAGACUUAGGACACAGCAAGCCACGUGGCAUGGGAGGAAAAGUGCCAAGUGCUAUUCUGUGUUCAGUCCAAGUGUGCCCUUGAGGUCCUGACGUCAGUUCCCGCUUGUGUAAGGUGGAGAUAGUGUCAGGCUUUGCCCGCCUCAGAGGGAUUCCUGCAAGGGUCAUGGGAGAGGUGGGUACGGAGGGGGACUCACAAACUCAGGAUGCAUCAUGGCCUGCUCUGCAGAUCGAAGAGCACUUGGGAUCCGUGUAGGAUGACAUCUUCCUGGAGCAUUUCUGCUCAGUGUUGGGGUCCAGCCACAGUUACUGGGGGAGGGGGCUGCCUCUUCCUUCCCAGUGGGAACCGGUGCUCAGCUGGGGCGUGGGGAGUGACAACUGACUGAGACUGGUCUCCAGGUCUGUGGUCCUUCUGUUAAGUGAUUCUUUCAUGAUACCCUUAUUUCUGGGCCAUCUUCCAGGUUCAUCUGUUGUACCUGUGGCAUUCCUUAUUAUGUCAGAUAAGUUAUUACAGUUUAUGGACUCUUAACAGGACAAACGAACAAAAGAACCAUAAGUAGGAGACCAUUAAAGGUCUUUUGUGACAGAU